AUGAGCGGAGUCCAAAUUGCAGCAUUAAAAGAUACAGACUUGUUCAAGCCUUUAAAAGUUGGUGAACACACAUUAUCUAACAAAGUGGUUUAUCCACCAACUACCAGAUUGAGAGCGUUAGAUGACCACACACCUUCAGAUUUGGAAUUGGAAUAUUAUGAUAAAAGAUCGAAGUACGCUGGAUCAUUGUUAAUUACCGAAGCAACUUUUGUAUCUGAACAAGCUGGUUUAUAUAGCAAUGUACCAGGGAUUUGGAACGAAAAACAUGUCAAAGGAUGGAAGGAAAUAACCGAUAGAAUUCAUGAAAACGGAUCAUUUAUUUCUAGUCAGUUUUGGUUUUUAGGUAGAGUUGGUGAUCCCCAAUUGUUGAAGGAUCGUGGGUUAGAUUUUGUUGCUCCUUCAGCAAUCUACCCAGACGACACUACAAAGGAAAAAGCUGAAGCUGCAGGUAACCCAAUUAGAGCCUUAACAGAAAAAGAAAUUCAUGAUAUUAUUUAUGAUACGUAUACCAAUGCAGCUAAGAAUGCUAUUGCAGCUGGUUUCGACUAUAUUGAACUCCAUGCAGCCCACGGAUAUUUGCUUGAUCAAUUCUUGCAGCCAGCUACCAAUCAAAGAACCGAUAAAUAUGGUGGUAGUAUCGAAAACAGAGCCAGAUUUGUUUUAGAGUUAGUUGACCAUUUAAUUACUGUUGUUGGUGCAAACAGGUUGGCUAUUAGAAUCUCGCCAUGGGCUAAAUUUCAAGGUAUGAAGGCUGAACAAGAUUCUACUCAUGCUGUAACCACAUUCAGUUAUCUAUUACACGAGUUACAAAAGAGAGCAGAUAAUGGAAAUGAACUUGCAUAUGUAUCGAUUAUUGAACCUCGUGUCCUGGGUAUUAUAGAUGUCGAAAAGUCUCAACAAGUGGGUGAUAAUACCUUCGUUGGGCAAAUUUGGAAGGGAAUCAUCUUGAAGAGUGGUAAUUAUACUUAUGAUGCUCCUCAUUUUAAGACUUUAUUGCAUGAUAUCAGUGAUAACCGUACUAUGGUAGGUUUCGCUAGGUAUUACACUUCCAAUCCCGAUUUAGUUAAGAGGUUAUAUGAGGGUUGGGAUUUAACUCCAUAUGAUAGGGACACUUUUUAUGCCACUAACAAUUGGGGUUACAACACCUGGAACAACUACGAUGAGAAGGCUGAAAUUACCAAAGAUGCUGAAAUUAGUAGAUUAGCAAAAGCUAUAGAGGAAAUUAAAGCCAACUGA